AUUCUAAUAUUUCUCAAAACAAUAAUUUACUGCCACAUGACAGCUAUAAAUAGCGGUCGUCAUUCGCUGUCAGCUCGUAAUCUCUCUCUGUCCAUACGCUCUCCUCUUUUUCUCUCUCUAGAAAAGCUCCCUCCUUCGUCGUCGUUCCCAAUUCGAAACCCUAGAAAUCGAGGAAAUUUCUCUCGUGAGUUUCACAAACUUGAGAUUUCCUCGCCCUUCGCCCCCGACCAGAAAACCCUAAUCCAUAUCAAAGGUCGACGCUUGAAUUUCACCCAGAUCUGACCCAAAUCCCCCCAAAUUGCACCCUUUCAAUUUCAAAAUUCGAUUUGAACGAAAUAAUCCCCAAUUCAUUUCGAUUUAAUUCUUUCAAACAAAUUUGUGUAGAACAUAUAUGGUGGGAAUGGGUAGGGUUUACCAGGAGACAGCGAAGCCCUCGUCGUCGUCGGCCGCCCCAUCCACGCCGGCGGUGACCACUUCCAUAUCAAUAUCGGAGACCGUUAAUGGGUCCCACGAUUUUAAGAUCACGGGGUAUUCUUUGUCGAAGGGAAUCGGGAUUGGGAAGUACAUAGCGUCCGACACAUUUAUGGUUGGUGGGUAUGCGUGGGCCAUUUAUUUCUACCCUGAUGGGAAGAGUAUGGAGGAUAACGCUACAUAUGUUUCGCUUUUCAUUGCGUUAGCUAGCGAGGGCACGGAUGUUAGGGCGCUUUUCGAGCUGACUCUUUUGGAUCAGAGUGGACGGGAGAGGCACAAGGUUCAUAGCCAUUUCGGUAGGGCGUUGGAAAGUGGGCCGUAUACUCUUAAAUACCGAGGCAGCAUGUGGGGAUACAAGCGUUUUUUUAAGAGAACGGCUUUGGAAACAUCUGAUUACCUGAAAGAUGAUUGUCUUCAAGUUCAUUGUUGUGUUGGCGUCGUUAAGUCUCACACAGAGGGGCCUAAGAUCUACUCAAUACCAUUGCCCCCAUCAGACAUCGGUCAGCAUUUCGGGCAGCUGCUGGAAAGUGGAAAAGGCUCUGAUGUAAAUUUCGAUGUAAAUGGAGAAAAUUUUUCUGCUCACAAGUUGGUUCUUGCUGCCCGGUCGCCUGUAUUCAGAGCUCAAUUAUAUGGGCCAAUGAAGGAUCAAAAUACACAGUGUAUAAACAUUGAAGACAUGGAGCCACCCGUCUUUAAGGCUCUACUUCAUUUUAUGUACUGGGAUACACUGCCCGACUUAGAAGAGCUUACGGGAAUGAAUUUGCCAUGGGCCGCAACCAUGAUGUCACAGCAUCUACUUGCCGCUGCUGAUCGAUAUGGUUUAGAUAGACUCAGAUUACUGUGUGAGGCCAAGCUCUGUGAGGAUGUUGCCAUCAACACUGUUGCAAAUACGCUAGCCCUUGCAGAACAACACCACUGUUUCCAGCUCAAAUCUGUCUGUCUCAAAUUUGUCGCACUUCCUGAAAAUCUUAGAGCUGUGAUGCAGACCGACGGUUUUGAAUACCUUAAAGAAAGCUGCCCCCAUGUGCUUACAGAAUUAUUGGAGUAUGUCGCUAGGACAAACGAACACUCUAUUGCCAUGGGCAAGCAAGGAAUUGAAGCUAUUCUCGAUGGAAGUGACGUUAAUGGUAGACGCGUUAAACAAAGACUAUAAAAAAAAUUGCUAGUAACUUUCGAAUAGGUGAGAAUGAGAAUAGCUUAGACUAUCCUUCUUUGAGCUUCUUCUUAUUAGAAUUUUUUCCCACCCCACCCCACCCCACCCCAGAGUCCUGUUCCCUCUUUUAUUACACUCUUGUUCAAUUGAGAACAUGUUCAUGUAGUUGACAUCUUGUGUCUGUAAUCUGAUGUACAAAUUUGUAAUUUGUGUAUGGUUUCCCCUCUUGGCUUGUAUGCUUCAAUUGACAGAUACUGUGUCUGGAAUUUAGUAUUCGGAAUUUUUAAUAUUGCAAAAUUUUAGGCCUUU